AUGGCCUUUCAAUUAAAAGUCGGCACCUGCGCCAAAGGACCCUUGCUGCUUGCUUCUGCCAAUUACCGGUCCGCUUAUUAGCACGCAUAGCCCGGCGCAUAGUGGAUUCCUAUGGAACAAGCGCGAAUGCAAUGGCAUGGGUGACGGCAUCGCGAUCCGCCGCCCAACAGUCAGUCAGUCAAAACUUCGCAAUGGAACCUUUGUAAUCCCAACCACCGGCGAGCGGUCCCGGAGACAAUUCACCCUUCGACAUGCCCCAAGUGGCCUCGAAAACGCAAACACCAACAGCGAUUUGUCCCGGCAAGACCAUGACGACGAGUCUUCUUCAGGCAUGUUUUCUCACAAGACGCUGGCCAAGCCAUUCCGACAUGCGACCCAGGGACUUCUAGAGGCAUGCCUCAACCUCUACAAGUUCCUGGGCACGCCCAAGGGCCGUGGGGUGCUGAAAUGCACUCUUGCAUAUGUACUGGCCAGCUUGAUGACCUUCAUCGAACCCGCCUCUGACUUUCUGGGCAAGCGGGACGGGAAACAUGUGGUGGCUACCAUCACCGUCUACUUCCACCCCGCCCGGUCGGCAGGUUCCAUGAUAGAGGCGACGCUUAUAGCGAUCGUGGCAGUUGCCUAUGCAGCCACCAUCUCGCUCUCGUCUAUGGCCACUUCGGUCUUUGUUGGCUCGGUCCUCGACAAGCCUGUGUUGGCUCAUAUCCUCGUUCUGGUGUUCUUUGUAGCGGGCGGUUUCGGCUUCAUCGGCUGGGUGAAGCAGAGGAUGAACAACCCACUGGUCAACGUGGGCGGGACACUUGCCUCGCUUGCCAUCAUCAGCGUCGUCACUAGGGAAAACGCAACAUUCGCCAGCGUAUGGGAUAACACAAAGAUGAUCCAAGUCUUCAAGAUGUUGGUCAUUGGUAUCAGCAUCACAGCCUCGGUCAACUUGCUACUAUGGAGGGCCUUUGCCCGCGAUACGCUGAGGAAAGCCAUGGGCACAUCGUCUACCGCGCUCGGCGAGAUGCUUUCUUAUAUUACCCACAGCUUUCUGAGCGGGAAAGAAGAGGAACUCUUGUCAGAGCAGUUUUCCAGCUUCAUUUCCGUAUAUCAUACGAGCUACACGACCAUGACCAAUGUUUUGCGCGAGGCGAAAUACGAGCAUUACUUUCUGGGUCACGAGCGAGUCUAUUCACUAGACAAGGCCGUGUACAAGUCAAUUGAGACCCUUGCGCAGUCUAUUGGCGGUUUAAAAAGUGCAGCAAACACACAAUUUGCGCUGCUUAGAGAGUCGGCUGCCACUGCACUCGACACUGAUCAAAGAGCUGGUGACGUAUCACCAACGACGAUUGGACCUCCUACUGUAUUUCCACCGUCGUUUCUGUCUCGUUCAUUGUCAAUCUCUUCAAAGAGCGGACCUGGAAGACAUGCAGCUCUUUCUGCCAUCGACGAGGCCACCGACGAGGGAAGCAGCCAGGAGGGCAGUCCUCGCCCAUUUGUCAGGCGUUCCAAUAGCGAGUCCAAUGCCACUCAAACGACUCAGCCAGCAGUGUUCCGCACUUCCUCCGACAUUUUCUCACUCUUUAUCGAGCUGCUUGGGCCCUCUAUGAAGUCCUUGGCCUUUACAUUAUCUGAAAUUCUUCGCGAGCCGGCUUUCGUAGCAGCACCGCACUAUGUUGUAAAUCUCAACGAACAUUUUAGGCCAAGCCUCAUGGAUGCGCUCGGUUUAUAUAAUGAAGCACGUGCCAAGGCUCUUAAUGAGUUGUACAAAAACAUCGAGCUGGGCCGUCCCAACUAUUCCGACGACCUUAAAGCGGACUUUGAGGAGGUGGCGGCAGCUUGCGGGCACUUUAGCUUCAGUCUACAAACUUUCGGCGAGGAGAUGUCCAAGUACCUAGAUGUGCUAGACGACCUCAAGCAUGCAGCAGAGGAUGGGAAGACCGGAAGAAGCUGGGAGUGGCUUCGCUUCUGGAGAAGGAACCGAGCGCAUUCGUUAUUCAAUACGGGCACCGCCCUGCCCUACGAGCACCGCGAUCAGGAUCAAGAAAGUCUUGUCAAGCCGAUCAGGCGUUCUCAGCUCCCCAAGGGCAUUCCAUCAACCAUGACUUCGCAUCGGGACACAUACAGUUGGCAGCUUGCUGGAGACGAAGCAAACAAGCACGUGAGCAGGUUUGCGCAAGGGCUGUUGCGUUGGGCGAGACGAUGGGCGAGAGAUGAUUUUCGCUUUGGCCUCAAGGUUGGCAUCGGUGCCAUGCUUUGGGCCAUGCUCGCCUUCAUCCCGUCCACCCGCCCGACCUACUCACACUGGCGUGGUGAAUGGGGUCUGCUGUCGUUCAUGGUGGUUUGCUCCAUGACGGUGGGCGCCUCAAACACUACCGGAAUAUCGAGAUUUAUAGGUACAGUCUUUGGUACCGCCCUCUUCCUAGUCAACUGGACUGUCUCGGGCGGGAACCCGGUCGCACUGGCUAUACUUGGCGGCUUUGUUGCAUUCUACAACUUCGUCGUGAUCUUGGCCAGGGGCAAUGCGCCACUGGGUCGUACCGCGUUGCUUGCAUACAACGUCACUGCACUGUACGCAUAUAGCCUUUCACAAAAGGUUGACGAUGACGAUGAUGACGAGGGCGGGAUGAACCCGUACAUUGGUGAGAUUGCUCUACACAGAUCCCUCGCUGUCACAGCUGGUAUCAUCUAUGGUCUGUUUGUUUGCCGGGUGGUAUGGCCCAUAUCGGCGCGCAAGAAGUUCAAGGAGGGUCUGUCGGUACUCUAUCUUCAAAUGGGGCUCAUUUGGAAGCGAGGCCCGCUGGCCAUCUUGUUGCGUAGCGACUGUACCAGGUCAUAUCUCAAGUCGGGAGAGCAGGUUGCAUUGCAGAGAUAUGCCUCUCGACUGGAAACUUUGCGCCGCGCCGCGGCGUCCGAAUGGGAGCUCCGCGGGCCUUUCCCGUUCGAAACGGCAGGGCGCAUCCUGGCUGCCACCAAUCGCAUCCUGGACGCCUUUUACGCCAUGAGUCUCGUGACACAGCGUCGCGGCCACCUCAGCGAGGGGGAGCGCGAGCUGCUCCUCUUCACGGCGAAGGAGCGGGCGGUCCUAUGCGAUCGUAUCUGCCACGUGUUUCAGGUACUGGCCAGCUCGCUUAUGCUGGAGUACCCGCUGACCGAGUCGAUCCCAAGCGUGACACACACGCGAGACCGCCUGCUUGGCAAGAUCUUUCAGUUCAGGAAAGAACACGCGGCGGCGGGCGCCGCGCUCGCGGCUGUCGAAGGCGCCAUGAUAGCGGACGAGGCCACGUCCGCCAAUGGGAAGGGAAGCUCACACCCACAGUUGCCGCCCAGGAGACGGUCGUCCGAGGUAUCAGCGGUGGACAAGUUGGGGGAUUGGGCGAGGAUCGGUGCCGUCACAGUCGAGGAGCGCGAUUACGCGCUUCUGUACGCCUACGCGCUGGUCACUGGGCAAGUUGCGGAGGAGCUCAAGGUGGUGGAGAAGGAGAUUGAAAAUCUGUAUGGAGUGUUUUCGGAUGAUGUGAACCUUUUGGAGUGA